AUGACGCCAAAGCAAUCUAGCCGAAAUAAAACGCUAAGAGACCACAGGAGCUCGAAAAUGUAUUCUAUGCACCUUCAUUGUAAUAGCCCUGAUUUUCACCGAGCAGCACCGGCAGCGAAGAAGCUCCCGUGUCUUGUUAUCCCGGGAACUCUUUUACACGGUGACGCGUUGACUUACUCCGAGGGUCUCGUCUCACGGAAGUUUACAUGA